UAAAUCUGUCACGUGAAAUCUUUCCAAGAGGAACAAUAUGUAAGAAGAGUCAUCACUGCUAUGAAUCCUCAGAUAGAGGGAGAGAGACACCUGAGAAUAUUGGUCAACUAUGCCACUUCAAAUCUUCUUCUUCUUCUGGUUUAUUGUAUGUGGCACGGUAGAAGCCCUGAAAUGCAACUUCUGCCUGGAGCCAAAAUCUGAUCACUGCGCGUCCGAAGAAACCAUAGAUUGCGAUGACAAUGAUGGGUGUGCUGCAGUGUCUGGUUUCUUUCAGACCGGGUCGGAGAGGAAGAAAUUUAUUUACAAAGGUUGCCGGUUUCUGCUAGAAUGCGAUUCGUGGCUCUGCAGUUUCAUAAAUGGUACCUAUAUGAAGUCCUACAUCACGUGCUGCGACGGGAAGAUGUGCGACCUCAGUUAUUACGUACCCAGAGAGAAUGAUCAAAGUAGCGGCAUCAACUGCGGAGUGUGCGCCGGAAUAUUCUCUACACAAAGAUGUUCCCGAACACAGAAACGGCAAUGCAGACGUGGUGAGGUGCUGUGCAUGGACCAUGGAAAAGAUGCCAAUAAACCAGAUGGAGCUGAAGCUGCUGUUUCCAAUAAUUCUGAAACUACUAUUCCUUUUGUCUCUUACUUAAGAGACCUUAUUGAAGCGUUCAGUGAACUUCUUGAUGUUAUGCAGAUGAAAAGUACAAGGCCUAAUCUGACAGCCAGUGCAAAGUGCCGUGACCAAUAGGCAGUAAAAGCAGCUAUCCGGAUUUCAGGUCACUGCAGUCAGAUUAGUCAACGGGCAAUCCUGAUUGGUUAAUGAAAAUUACACCAGGUGGUGUGAACACCAGGGGCCAGAUUGACGUAGCGCAGCGGAUCUUUAGAUCCACUGGUUCUACGUGAAUUAAG